AUGGUCGACAGCUUUGCUGUGAAUGGUGCUGAAAGUGACAGUUCUUCUUCAGCAGAUGAGGCUGUGGGAGGGACCUCCCCUAGUAUACUGAUACCGACAGACGAAAGGUCUACAACAGAUCUUACGAGUAUUGAUGAACAAGACGAGGAUGACUACGAAAGUUAUGAGGACGAGAAUGAGCAGGAACAGGAAGAUGAUCGUGACAAAGAUGAAGGAGGAGAAGAAGUGGAAGAUGAAGAUAGCACAGUGCCUUCGGUAACAGAAGAAGGAAAAGAAGAGGAGGAGGGCAAGGAUAGCACCACGACUUCGACAACUAUCUCAACAGGGGGAUCUUCUGCGGAGACCGACACAUUUGAAACAACGGACGAAGACGGUGAAGAUACGACGCCAACAGCAACCACAACCCUAGCGCGGCUUGAGAGUACCUUGACUACAAUGACUGAGGCAACAACCAGAAAUACCCCACCAACGACAUCACGACCUUGCUUUGAUAAAAUCAACCCAAAUACCGGCAGAUCUGAUUGUCCUUUCCGAAGAAAUUUGUGUAUGGAGGGGAGAUAUAUACAGCUUAUGCGAGAACAAUGCCCUCGUACAUGCGGUUUCUGUGGCUUAAGAAGAGUCCAAAAAGCAGAACCUGGUGUUAGUUGUUCGAUCUCACACUCCUACGCGACAUCUUCAGAAGUUUUAAACUUUCAGAUCGAUGCAUGCAACGACUUGAUCAACCCUCGAACAGGACGUUCCGAUUGCCCGAAUCGUCGGCCGCUUUGCAGGAACAAUGUCUAUCAAAAAUUGAUGACGGAGCAGUGUCCUCGCACUUGUGGAUUUUGCAAUACAAGAUUUGUCAGGAGCGCCACACAGACUCAAAAGGGUGGGUAUAAGAACACCGCCCAACGCACUGAUGAUUGCUGA